GAUCUUCAGCAUCAUUCCUCUCACAGAAUGGCUGCUGCACGUGGACGUGAAGCAAUGAUGUCACAACAACAUCGGAUAUCAUUUCCAUCAGAGGAAUUUUCUCUCAGCCAUAAUAAAUUUUGUUUGGAAAUAUUCUAGAAAGAUUCGCAGUAAGUUUCAUUUGUUAUCAUUUAGAACAGAGAUGAGAGAAUUUAGUUGGAAUAUUGUUUACAGUAUGAAAAUAUACUGGGACAUUCUGGAACAUUUUUAGAUGGGUUUCUGGAUUUCUUACUUUUACUCGCUGAUCAGUCCGUGGCAUAUCAUUGGUGCCAUUUUUAAUUAAAUAGAAAAUAAAAAUAAAAAAUAACACUGAUGCAAUAUUUUGUCAGUGGACGAGAGUUAGUUCGACCUCAUUUUAAAAGAAUUUAAAAAAAUUUAAUUGUGCAUUUAGUAACACUAGAAAGGCAACAUAGUAGCAUUGUUUUUUCUUUUGCUGGCAAGAAUUAUUUUACGAUUUAAAAAAAUAUUAAUUAGAAGAAUGAUAUUCAUUUGAAGUGAAGAAAAAUGGUGGUAUUUCAUUUCGAGCUGCUGGAAGAACGAAAAGAAUUUAAAAAGUUAAAAACAGUGUUUUUAUUUUCGAAAAAAUCCUUUUGCUGUCAGAAUAUUUAGACUUUGUACAAAUAGCAACGAGCUUAAAAAAGAAAAUAUUUAAAGCAAAAAUAGAUGGUAGUUUGCUUUCGCUGCCUUCCGCCGACUUUGAUAUUUGAGUAUAUUUUGUAAAUUCUGAUGUUUCUGAAGAAAAUAUAUUUAUCAAUCACAAUUAUUCUGAAAACACGAUUAGACCCUAGAUUCAGCAUUUCUCGAAGAACGAAAACGCUUUUUUUGUACAGACAGAAAUCGGUUAUUUUGCAUAUUGAAAAAAAUGAUGCAAUAUUUUGAAGUAUUUACAAAUGCCUAAAGUAAAAUAGUUUCUCGUCCGGAAACUUAAAAAAUUGAAUGUAUGAACAUUUUGGAAAACAUCUACUGAUGCAACCUUCAAGCUGAAAAGUAUUGUUCUAAGAAUACAUAUUUUUAAUUCGCUACAUAGAUUACAUUAGUGAUUAGCAAAUUGAAUAUAGAGAUACAAUUAGUCAAAGAAUUUUCUACAAAACUAGGCUUAGAUUCAUAACGUUCGUUCUUAGUAUUUCAAAUUCUAUGAGAAAUAUAUUACUCACCUUUGAAGUGAAUCUAUUCAUUACAAAUAGUUACCAAAGAAUCAAAUUAUAUAUUGAUGAUAAGUAUUAAAAUUGAUUCAGCAAAUUACUGGUAAUAACCACCUUUUGUUGGUGGUUUUGCUGACGAAACUGUUUAGAAAUAUAGCCAGUUGAAAAAAGGAGCCCAAAUCAAAAUAUUAAUGUUUGUUCAAACAAAGAUAGCAGCCGAAAGUGGUUUCUUUUCAACUAAUAACUUGGUGUCAGAAAUAUUAUAUUUUAACAAAAAGGUAAUUUAUGUGUAUAGAUAUAUGCAUAAAAGAAAGCUAAUAGAAAAUUACUGCUAAAUAGAGAAUAAUUUGGAAAAAUUGGGUGAAAUAAAGAGUAGAGUAGGAGUAUAAUUUAGACAAAUUGAGAGAAAUAAAGAGUUCAGUAGGAGGAUAAUUUAGAUCAAUUGAGAGAAAUAAAGAGUCCAAUAGGAGGAUAAUUUAGACAAAUUGAGAGAAAUAAAGAAUCCAAUAGGAGGAUAAUUUAGAUCAAUUGAGAGAAAUAAAGAGUCCAAUAGGAGGAUAAUUUAGAAAGGGGGCAAAAAAAGGGAAGAAAAUUCGUGUCUAAAGAAAACCUGUUGAGACAGGAAAAGAAAGUGGUUCAAGAUGGUAAAGAAACCAUUUUGACCUAAAAAAGCCGUUCGUUGCAUCCUGAGUGCAUUGCUAUAGUCUUCACUGAUGGACUUAUAAAAAAUAGAGUGGUCAUCCGGAGUGGUCAAUCUCAGAAAGAACUCUUUAUGAGCAGGAGGAGAAGAGAGGGAGGUUGCUGUCGCGCGUUGCGCUUGCACGAAGACAACACUCGAUUUCUGUUGUUGGGGAUUGUGAUGUUGGGAUACAUGGCGGGGGGUGCGGCCCUCUUCCAGUGGUUGGAAGAGGAGCAAGAAGUGAAAGAUCGACGCAAGUACUGGGAGGUGUACAGGAAAUUCAUGGCCAAGUACAACGAUACUGUGGACAUGGAGGACAUAGAAAUGCUUCUGUGGGAAUACGGAAAUGCUUCUGCUGCCGGCAUCAUACACAAGAGAGCACGAUGGGACUAUUCGGGAGCUUUCUACUUUGUUGGCACAGUCGUUUCUACAAUCGGUUUCGGUAUGACAACGCCCAAGACGGUGGCAGGUCGGGUGGUGGUCAUCUUCUACGGAUUCCUGGGAUGCUCGGGAGCGAUCCUCUUCUUCAAUCUCUUUCUGGAGCGAAUCAUCACUUUUCUUGCUUACCUCCUCCGCCUUCUACACGAGAAAGAUCUCAGGAAGAAAGGAUCCCUGGACAGGAGGGAUUCUACAUCCUCCUUUGACUAUAAUCUAGACGAAUGGAAGCCUUCAGUCUACUGGGUGAUGUUGUACCUCUUCUUGGCCACCAUAAUCAUUGCAGUGUCCGCUUCCUUCGUGUACAGUCCCAUGGAAGGUUGGUCCUACUUCGAGUGCCUCUAUUUUUGCUUCGUCACUUUCUCCACGAUAGGCUUCGGUGACCUGGUCACAUCUCAAGAAGCUGACUAUCCCCACCAGGUCCCCUACAGAUUAGCCAACUUCGUGUUCGUCAUCUGUGGCUGUUGCUGUAUCUACAGUCUGUUCAAUGUCACAUCUAUUGUAAUCAAGCAGUUUCUGAACUGGCUCAUGAAGAGUCUCGACUUCCAAUGCAUUCCGAGGAAACCACCCGGGCGACCUCAACUACUGGCAAGGGGAAGACGAAACGCCAUCACGCCAUACCAUCUCAGAACUCAAGCCCGCAAAAUGGGUACUAAAGACAAAGGUGAGGACAGUAGCGAUGCUGAUUCAACAUACGACAGCGACGGUGAACGGCGCAAUUCUGGCGAAAUGAUAUCCAUGGCGGACCUGUUGCGUGCCAACAAAGUUUCGUUGGCGGUCAUGCAGAAGGAAUUGCAUGAGUCUGCCCAGAGGCAUCAAGCUAUCCUACUGCCUUCGAGGCUGGCAGCGCAAGAGAACAGUUUCAAGCCAGGAGCUGUUGGACCUUUGGCCAUUGUCUCAAAAAAACUUGGGGACGAUGACACGUAAUCCAAAAAAAAAUGUUGACAAAUCUUUCCACAAAAGCCCAAAACUAUGAGCUCUGUUAAGAGAUGUUAUUUUAUAUCUAUUCAAAUGCUGUUAUGUUUAUGAAAUGAAGUAUAUUGGAUCGAUCCAUAGAAUGAACUAGCCGUCGACUAAUUUGCAUUUAAUUAAUUUUCUUGAAAACAACGAUUAACCAGUUGAACUUUAACUAUUCGAGCAUCGAUUAACCUGAUUGCCAUUUCAGAAAAAUAAGCUCUUCAGUUGAAAUAAGUGUCUUCCGUAACAAAAAAAAAUUUUCCCCGCUUCUUUCUACCCGAACCAGCACUUUUUUUUGAUCAACGCACAAGCGAGGAAUAGUACACAAUUGCACGAAUGUGGUAUAUAUAUAUAUAUAUAUAUAUA